UUUGCCAUGACAAGAGUUAGAAGACUCCCGCCAUAGGGCUGCCCACCCAAGCCUGGAAGGUUUUGUUUUGUUAGAACUGUUGCGCGCGUUCCUUCCACUUUCGCCUCAUUCCCAACGCCAAGAGAGAGUAAGCAGCUGCAGCGGCUGCUGAGCGCCCAAUUGCCUGCGGCUUGCUCCGUUUUUGUUUAGCUUAGCAACCGACGCUCCCUCCCUCCGUCCCUCGGCGGGCACCUGGGGUUGGCAGAAAAGCAGGCCCAGGCAACCGCAAAUCAACAGGAUGUCUUUUGGGUUUGCUCGCCGAACUUAAGAGCGGCGGCGCAUCGCACUUCUCUCGAGAGCGCAGGAGAAAAGCCCUGAGAUCCUCCUUAACUCCGCGGGUCCCUGAGAAAAGCGGCCGCUCUCUCCUCUGUGCCUAAAGAAGACGCUGGACCCUUCUCGGGCCGGGCGACAGCGGCACAAUGAAGGUGGCUGUACUCGACUUGGGCACCGUUUUUGCCAAACUCUUCAAGCCAGCCGCCUCUUCCUCCUCGUCCCCACCUUACUCGCCAGCCGUUGCUGCUGCCGCCGCCACCAACGCCCCUCCGCCUAAAUCCCUGCUGCUCCUGCCUCCCUCACCAUCACCGCUGGGGUCUUUCCCCGCCCGCUCCGCUGCCUUGAUACCGGCAGCGGGUUCGUCUGCCAUAGCAGCAGCAAGUCGAGGGGCUCACGGCGGCGUCGGAGCUGGGUCGGCUGCGAAGUCUUGCGGCGGCGUCUGCAGUGGCGCCAACGGCAACAGUUAUCCGCGCUCGGCCGCUCCUUCCUUGGCAAGGGAGCCCGGGACUUGGGCAGCGCCUGUGAGCAAACAGCUGCUCUUCGUCACCCUACCCGACAUCGGCGAGGAGGGUGCACCAGACGCUGACCAUCAGGAAGAAGCCUUUGAGCCCAGAAAAGGGCUGUCUAAUGGAGCUGUGGACCGCUGUUUCCAAGGGAAGAAUGAAAGUGGUCUUCCGGCACCGUUUACCAAAAGUGUGCAAGAAGCAAUUGACAACUAUACAUUUGUUUCUGUUUCAUCACUUUCAUCUAGCAGACAAACAACUCCAACAGACUUGAAUAACUCUUGGUCAGGAAUACAGAGUUGCACCACUGGCCCAUCUACUGAAAGAAGCUCUGUUUAUUCCUGGAGAGAUGACGAAUUUGAUAAAGCUAACACACAAAGAGUCCAUCAGUUGUUUUGGGAUGUGGAUGAAAUGUUGUUUGAAGGAAAAGUGAGUUCCCAAACCGAGAGUCUAAAGGCAGAAUGCAAAGACUGGACCAACAGAUCACUUCAUUUAAGGAUCUUGGGAAAACAGCUUCUUUUCCCCAAAGAUGAAGGUUUUCAGCAUUACCAGAGCAGAAAUGCCAGCUCUGUUUAUUCCAGAUCCUUGCCUACCUUGAGAGAAAUCACCAGCAGUGUGAAAGAGUUAUGCAUCUCAGGCUCUAAACUGAUUCCUGCAGCUUUUCCAGUGCAGAAGGCCUUCACCACUGAAUUACCAGGAAUUUCUUUAGCUGAAUCACCUUUAUAUUCAUUCUCGGAAGAAGAAAUCUACGAUGCAGAAGGAAAAAUUGAAGAGUAUCUUGCAUUUGACAACAAGGAACUUGAUGAUGAAUGUUUGGAGCAAAAGAUACAUCAGCUUGCCCAAAAGAGGAUUAAACAUGGCAUUCCUCCUAUUUCCCCCAAUGCCUGUAUCAAAGACGCUGUGGCUGCUGAAGUGUUUGAUCAUGUUUGGAAGAAUGUAAUUCAAGUACUGGAAGAAUUAUUAAGGAAAUACUGGGAAACUUCUAUUACAGAGAAUGACAAGCAGAUGGAGAAAUUGAAAGCUACUGGAAGUAAGUUACCACACCUACCCAGUUCCCGUGUUGCAAUGGAUGCAUCAAGUGUACCUCCAUCAAGAGGAUCAGAGGCUCGAGGCACAUCUGUUGGCUUGCAUUUUGUCUCAUCACAGAUUCACCGUUUCUCCAGCAAUUUCCACAGUGAUUUAAAUGGUGUCAUGACAAUUCAAGCUAAACCACUGCAACAGAGGCAUUCUGGGUUGGCAGAAAAGAUACAGAAUGAACGGGAAGACAAGCCACGAGUUGGUUCCAGUGUUCACUCAGCACAAAAUCGGCUGGGGCGAAUUACUGACAGCAGCGUUCUCUCACUGUCUCGAGUGUUCCAUGGAUCCUCUAGAAAAACAGCAGGUCAUCGUAGGCUACCAUCAAUAGCUACAGAUCCACUGCGCUCAAGGACUCCUAAUGUUUAUAGCGAUGAAGUCCUUAGGGGGACAAAACUAUGCACUGCCUUAGAUCGCUUGUCCUCUCCGCUUCCACCUGCAACCCGGAACAAGUUGCCACCAAUUAGUUCGGAUGCUGUUGAUCAAUAUCUUUCCGUUCCUGGAUCCCAGCUAGUUUUUCAUAGAGGAAGGUAUCCUCAUAGCAGAAUUUCCAGUGCAGUACCUGAUGGUACAGAACGGCGGCCACUUAGAGAGCGAACAGUCAUAAUAGACCAGUUUUCAAGACCUAAUACUACUCACACAUUCCGGUCAGAUACACCUCACAAAAGAUCAUUGACCCCUAUGGAUUUUGCUAAUCAUAUCUGGACAGGUCAAGGUGUAUUAACAGGUUCACAAUUCCAUAUCAAAUCAUUCCAGAGAAAUUCAUCUGUCUCAAGAAGAAGAUUUCAAGUUGCUUCAUAACAUUUAACAGGAGGCCAAAACAGCAACAAAAGACAACCUAAUCUGUACUUCAUGUCAACCUGCAAUACUCAACCUACUAUCAGAACGGUUGAAGUUCCAGUAAUGUAAUUUUGUGGCUUAGUGUCCUAUGUCUCUGGAUGUGGCCUCCUUGAAAAUUGUUUCACCAAAGACUAAUUGGAAAGAAGAUUGAUUAGUAAGGGCAUCAAGACAGUGGCUUAUAUCUGGAAUUCAGAGUAGAAUUGGUGCCAACUGCUUUCUUUUUUUUUUUCUCAAUUAAUUUUUAUUCUAAUUUUCAAAACCAAAAUAAUACAAAAAGAAAACAACACAAAUCAAUAACUAAUACAAUACAAAAAAAAUACAUAUAUAUAAAAAUAUUGACUUCCGAUUUGUCAUAGUUCAGCUAUAAAUCUAUAAUAUAUAACAAACCUAUCUCUUAAUAGAUUAUAAAAUCACCUUCCUCCAGCGGUUAUCUUAGUUGGUUUCAAAUCUCAUUAACAUCAUAUCAUUUUAAUCUUCCACAGAAAGUCAAAGAGAAGUUUCCAAUCCUUGAGAUAUAUGUCAAUCAAUUUUUUUUUCUAAAUAAACAUGUCAAUUAAUCCAACUCAUCAAAUCUACUGGGUCCAGUAGUUUCAAAUCGCUCUUCUGUCAUUAUCCAUAUUGGGUCCAUCUUCCAUCUUUACGCACCCAAAAAUCUUGCUGUCAUAGUCAUAUAAUAAAAGUCUGAUAGGAAUUUCCUCCAUCACAGAUAUUUUCUUACCAUCAAAUCCAAACGUAACACUGAAGUAUUUUUUCAAAGCCGCAUCUCUGUUCCUCUUUUCCACAUGAUACACUAGUACAUUUCUUGAAGGUUUUUCCAUUGACACAAAACAGGGAUUAAUUCUAUUAACUUUCUCCAUUUCAAGUUCCAUCAAAUCCUUCCAGUCCAGGAAUUUUUUUGAACCGAUAAUAUCUUUAUCUCCAAUCUCUUCAAUUCCUUCAGAGACAGCGCUGUAUUCCAAACUGUAAUAUUUAUCUCCAGGAUCCGUCACAACCAGGAAAUCCAAAUCUUUUUUAUGUCCAUAUUUAAGCCAAUCUCCAUAGAUUGAACCUUGCCUUUAAUUUCUCUUUCAUCCUUUUUUUGUUUUCCAGAUCUAUCUUUAUUCUCCUUUCUCAUAGAAUCCUGAGUUUCUUUCAGCUCCUGUCUCAUUUCAUGAAAUUCAGUUCUCCACGCUUGUCUAUUAUUUCUCAGUUCUUGUUUUAUUGAGUUAAUUCCAUCCAUUAUUUUCUGAAGCAUGUCUAGAAAUAAAGUCCCUUCUUGUACAUCCAUGAUCUUCUUAAUUGCCAUUCUUAAAACCAAAAGAACAAAACUCCUUCAAUUUUCAAUGUCCCAAGCAAAGAGCAGUUUAUUUCUUUAUCCAGUUACAAAGGAGUUAAUCUUUCCAACCAAUUAACGUCACACGCUAGACAGUCCUUAUCUCUUAAAUGUCCAGAAGUGCAAAAACAGCUUUUAGUUCACAGCGUUCAAAUAACUAGUAGCAGAGAGAAUGAGCAGAUUCGUCAACAACAACAACAAAAAAAGUAGAUCAGAAAAAAUAGUCCCUUAUAUAUAUUACACAAAAGUCUUGUAAAUCAAAAAGAUUUCUUAUCUCUCCCAAUCAGAAAGCUCUCAUCCGUUGUAAUCUUUAAAACGCAAUUUUCCAUGUCAGCUUUUUGCAAUAAAAAAAAAAAAAUAAGCUAUUUUAUUUUCUUCCCCGUUAGUUCCAUAAAUAAAGAAGGAAAGUCUUACCUCAUCUAGGUUAUCUUAAUUGCUGUUACUUUGACAAAUCUCUUUAGCUAUAUAGAUAAGAAAAUGAUAAAUGUAGACAGGUGGUUUGCCUGCUAGUCCGUUAAAAAAAAACGGGUCACUUAUCCAGCUGAGCUAGCAUAAAAUCCUCGCUCUGUCUGAACUGCUGGAAGACAGACAAUUCUGACGAAUUCCAGGCUCCAACAAUCAAAACAAAACUAUGUGGCAGAUCUCACGCUUCUUCCUUAUCCGGAAGAAAUCAUCCCCAGUCAGAAAAAACCCUUCUGACUGAAUUUAAAACUGGAUAAGUUUCAUCCAAGACGGGAGCCCGUCUCAGAGGCAGCACAGGCGGAGGGAUCCUCCUGGGAAGUCGGUGCCAACUGCUUUCUAAAGGCACAGGCAAAAUUUAAGAAGCAAGUGCCUUCCUAAUUCUCCUUCCUUUGUGGACCACAAGGUACAAGUAACAACUAGAGCGGAGCCAAAUGAUUGUGAGCUUUUGCUUUUUCUGUGGUGAGCAGGGGAUCUUUCAUAAAACAGCUAAACAAAUUGCAUGAAAUUUAAAGUGCUCCUCUGUUUUUCAUCCAAAUUCUGUGAAAGCUCCCAGAGACUGAUCUUUAAUGAUCGAUGCCAUCCCUGAGCUAGUCCACAGGACUCUGAAUGCUUGGAAGGAAGAGCAGUCUGUUUACAGAGAACUAUGUAAAGGAACUUGAGCUAAGCUUUAGGUCAGUUCUUGUAGAGCUUUCCUGAGCUUGGAACAGUCAGACAAGUUUAGGGGUAGCACAGCUCACUUGCUCCCACUUUGCCUUUAAAAUGAGCCUUAGGGGGCUUUCACACAUUUCCUUCUUGUGUAUAAAAUAUAGAGGAAAUUUUGAGCAAAAACUUGAAAACGCUGCAAAAAACCACAGGAACUUAUUUGCAAGAAUGAAAGUGAAACCAAAAUUAAACAGCUUGUUUCAGCUCAGUUGUAGUAACAACCUGUAAAAAUCCUUAUGCUAGGGAUAAGUAAAUUUAACUCCUGCAACCAUUUUGUUAUGGUUCCAUGAGUUAAAUCUACCCCAUGUUGUGCUGUACCUGUACUUUGGCUUAGCUUGGGAGUCUCUAAAAAUAAUUUUGGAAGUGAGGUACAGUAGGGCCCUGCUUAUACAGCGGGUUAGGGACCAGGCCUCCGCUGUAAAGCGGAAAUUGCCGUAAAGCGGAACCCAUAGACUAUAAUGGGGCUGUUGCGCGAAAAUGACGUCAAAACGCCGCAAAAUCGGGUUUAAAAGGGGGAAUUUCCCUCCGCUGCAUAAGCAGAAUGCCGGCAUGCGAAGUGCCAGUAAGCGGGGCCCUACUUUAUGCACAAUUUGCUGCAGUUUUUAGUUCAUAUAUUUUUUCUUGUUAUCUUUUUGUACAAGUUGAGUUUAUGCACAUUGAUUAAAACAUCAUGUAAACACAAAUCUUGAUGCAAUCACAUCAUAUCCUUAUUGUGUGAUCACAUCAGGAUCCUUUUGCUAUGUGUACAUGACUGUGUAUUAUAUAUCACAGGGCAGAAAGGAAUCAAGAUUCCUUAUUGUAUCAUUUUAAUAACUGCACAAACGCCCUGAUACACAUAGUUGCUGUGUAAAAACAAAGAAAACUGUAGCAAACUAUGCACAUGUAGAGGCCUGAAGUAACUCUGUAAAUCAGCUGAAGAAUGAUAGAUCUCUAAGAUGUUCCUGCAACAUAGUCCUCCUAUUUCAAACAGCUUGGCCAGUCUGUGUAAAAUGUAUAUAUUUACUUUAACAUCUCUUUCUAAUCAUGUCAUUUGUUGUUUAAAAUUGUUACCUUUUCCUAGCUUCUCUUUGUCAUUAAUUUGGCAUGUCAUCCCCUGAAGGAUUAUUAGAGUGCUGACCUUUGCUUAUUGCAAGUAAUUAAUACUUCCAGUGCUGUAGAAUAGCUUGGAGGGAUUUGAGAAAAUUACAUAAUCUACCAGAAUCAUACUAUAAACCGUCAAGACCUGAGCCAGCUUGCUGGACUAUGACUUACACUCUUUUUAUUGAGUUGUUCUGCACUUCUUUAAUGCCAACUGCUAAUGUAAAAUCAAUUAUUUUAUUUCUACUUCAACAAAUUAAUUAAAAAUUCGCUUCAUGAGCCAGUGAAUCAGUGGAAAUGUGUAUAGAAUGAUUUUAAAGUGUUUGCUGUUUUCCUUGCAAUAGUGAUCACUGUUGGCACUUAACCAACCAACCAACGAAAAAGUAGGCCCACAAGUUUUAUUUUACUGUAAACAGUUGAGAAAAUGACCUCUUUCUUAAAGAACUAUAGGCCAACUCACCCUGCCUGUAUGAUAGGCAUGAGAUUGUGUCAGAAAGCUUAAUUGCUGAGCUGAGAUUCAAAUCCAGGAUGUAUUCAAGCUGCAUAAAUGGUCUGGAAAGGUGUUCAUAAUAGCCUCAGUCAAGGAAAGACUCCUGAGCUGUGGUUGUGUUCCUGCCUCCUACUCUCUUCAAGGUGUGGCUUAGAACAUGUUGUCUUAGUAGAUAUUUGUUUAAAAUAAAUAUUUCAAUAAGCAUAUCAGUACAAUUCUCUAACACAUUUCUUAACAAAAUGUUUCACUUGAA